CGCCCUCUACUGGCCGCUCCGGGUAUUGCACCCCCCCGCUGCAGACUGCGGGGACCGCGGGUAUUGAGAGUGGACCCGGAGCCCGGCAGCAUGAACCCGGGGAGCCGCUCCCAUUCGUCCCCGGAGCAAGAAAGCGCUAAGCCGGGUGUAACGCGAAGCCACACAUCCUCGGAGGUCGGUAACUCGAAGCCCGCCGCACGCCCCGAUCCUUCCUCGGAGGCCGGUAACGGCGGCUCCAGCCCAUCGGACCGGUUCGGGGCGCUGAGCACCGAGCAGCUCCGGCAGCUCCUACAGGACGAGGGGAAAUUGCAGCGCAUUGUCCGCCUGAGCGAGCAGGUGCAAUCACUUCAAGAGGAGAGGAAAGCUUCUCUGGCUUCUAACUUUGAACUUGCUCAGAAAAACCUCUCCCUUCGCCCGCGUCUGGAAACUGGGAAAGCCAACCUGGCUAUCAAGUAUCAGCUGCUUCGGGAGACGUGCGCGUCCUGUCGAGGGAAGCUAAGGAAGAUCCAGUGCCUCUUGCAGGAAUGUAACCCCCAUGUUGCACUCAGUCACCUACAGGAGGAGCUGCAGAGCACAGAGGCAGAAUGUGAGGCCCUUUCCCAGCUGUUCCUGGAGGGUUCCCUCCCUCUCCUUGUUUUCCUGGAUUCUUAUCACUUGCUUCGGGCUCAGUGUCACAUCCGCAGAAUCCAGAAUGAGAAGCUGCUUGAGCUUUUGGGAGAGACUCUAGACCAGGACACACCGCCCCAAACCCAGGAACUGACUGCUGAACGGGAAUUGCCCCCUCAGUCCAACAAAAUAUCCUCUGAUCAGAACAUCCCCCCAAAGCUUCAGGAACUUCCUCCACAGUCCAGAAAACUUCCCCCCAAGCAAGCCUUGCCCCAACCUCAAGCCACCAAAUUGCCAUCGAACCGGGACCCUAAAGUGAAGCCUCGUGAUGUGGCUCCAGGGGGGCAACAGCCUUCUCGACCCCGAGAACUGCCCAUCCAAACAAGUAAACUUCCCCCUGACCGGAAACUGCCUUCCAACCCCAAGGAAAAGCCCCAUAAUCCCAGAGAUCAAAACCCACAGGCCUGUGCUCAGCCCAUUCCUUCCUCUGCUGCUCCCUCACAGAUGCCCCCUGCUGUGUUUCGUCUGCCUCCUCUGCCAUGUGGAAUGGCACCUGCACUGCUAAUCCCAGCAGAGGUGCUUUCUCCUUUUCAGGGUCCGUCUGCCCAGUCCCCUGGAUGCCUCCCACCACUGGGGCGCCCCAAUGCUCAGCAGCAACAACAGCCCCCACGGGCCCCUCUGCGCUUCAUUGCUCGCAUCUACUUCCUGAGCACUCGGCACCUCAGGGUGCUGUCCAGAGCCCAACGGCAGCAGCAGCAGCACCCUCCGAAGCGAUAAGUGACAGGCUUCUGUUGGAUAAGGGAGUGGGGCAAUUUAUGGGACGGGGGACAGGGUAGUUGUCAGUGUGUAUGCGCGACUGUGUGUGCGCAUGUAUGUCUGCAGGAGAUGUGUUUUCUUUGUCAGACAAGGGUUGUUUGAUUCACUUCUGGGCCUGUGUGAUGCAUGUUUGCUUGGUGAUGAGUGUCAACGAGUUGUGUACAGAGUUAUUAUUGCAUAUUUCGCCCACUUUGGAUGCAAUACGCAUCCUAUGUCUUUUUGGAUGCAACAUGCACCCAUUGCUUUUCCUUCUUAGUAAGGUCUAAAUCACAGAACUGCAACAGCCCCGCAGCGAUACACAGCUAGUGGGCUACAAGUUGAAGAUCCUUGCCCCAUCCAGUAAAUAGGUACUGAGUAAAUCAUGAAGGUUUGCUGUGCAUUGUGCUAGGCAUGGUAAGAAGUUAUAGUUCAUGAGGCUGAUGGAGAUGUAUGUCUGCUGUCUGUGUGUUGGGCAUUAAACUUCAUGUUGCCAUUUUGCAUAUGAAUGAGCUCCACAAAUAAUGCGUGUGUGAAGUAAGUGACUUGUGUAAAUGCCCUUGACCCUGUGCCUGUGUGCCAAAUGCUUUCUUGUGCUGAAAGUGCAUUGGCAGUAUUGCACUUUAUCAGCCCUCCAAGUGUGCAUCCUACUGUACGUUCUGUGAGUGCUGCCAGACUGAAUGCACUGCAUUUGCACAAACAUACAUUCCAGUGAGUAUGCUAAUGUCGUGUUUAAGCAGUGCAUUUACACCUGAACUUCCAGCCUGCACCAGCAAUAGCUUUAUAUAGGGUUGAGAGCCUCUCAGUUGCUCUUACUCCUGUUUUUAGGCAGCCGUGAUGGGCAGAUCCGCUUUAUUUGUGUUAUGCAUGCUUGUUUGUUGUCAUUUUUAAGUGAGAAAUCAGCAAGAUGAUUAGUGCUGAGAAGAUGUAGGUUUGUCCCAAAAAAACCCUGGUGUUGCACAUAUUACAGUUGUGGAUUAAUACAAUGACCCUACUAGUAAUACAGAUAUCCUCAGUCACUUGCUGAAGUUGUAGCUCUUUAAAGGAGACAUUUAGCAUAUAUACAUAAUAUAUGAAUAAUAUAUGACGCUGGUUUCACAAGCUAAAAAUGAUAAUUAUCUUUAAAAAUGGCCCCUUUAUUGGGAAUUUCACAAGAUCUGGUCCCUGCCCAUGUUUCAAAUGAGGGGUGGGCGUCCCUGCCAGAAGCACAGUAGAUGGGGGAUAGCCAAUCACAGCCCUGCAGUCACACAAGCAAAGAGUGGCUUCAGUUUCAAGCUAGCUGCUGAUUUCUAUCCUACAGUGCAGUGUGCUAAGUGCCGCCGCCCCCUGCACUUCCUGGGAAAGGAAGAAGCAGGAAGUAAAACAGAUGGGCGGGACUAGUAGGGUUUUGGGGGAAUUUUGCAAUACAUCAGCCUGAAACACAUAUUUUUUAAGUACAUUACUUCUAUAGUUAAAAGAGUAUAAUUCACUGGCACUUAUUUUUCACAGAAUACAUCUCCUUUAACACCUUUUUUAUACAGAUGCCUUCACGUUCAUUAGGAGACUGAAUUUUUAACUAGAUUAUGGUGCUAGAGAGAGUAUAAACAGACACUGAAAGUUAGUAAUGGAUUUUAAGGCCUGCCAGACUAGCAAUACAUCACAUUGCCUGCAGCUAUUUGCUAGUAAUUCUGCCCUCAGUAUGGUACAAUUCAAGUUUUCUUGAUGAUUCUCUUUAUUGCCGGUGGAAAGGUAUUUUGAAAAAUUAGUCACCUGCAGUAGCAGAAAUUUAUGGUGGAUGACCAAUCUUUGGGUGGGGCAUUAGCCUAAGGGAAUGAAUCUCCUGUUCAUCAUCACAUUCAUUAUCCAAUUCAUCAUUUAGGAGCUGGAUUACCUGCAAGGUUAUCUUUAUGUGGAGCUUUGCAUACUGGGUGAGGCCUACAAAUUGCAGUAUCUAUUAUAUAGCAAGACAAUAUGCAGACUGAGUAUUUUUCAGAUGGUUGCUUAGUGUAGUGGCUCAGUACUUUACAUCAUGGAGUUGCCAUGCUGUUUUUAAUUAUGUGUCCUUCUUGGCAGCAUAUCCACAGGUAUUAAAACAGGAAUAUUUGUGUAUAUGAAAGACAUUCUGGCCCUCUGUUGACAUCUGGUAGAUUAGCUUUGAAGCAUAUAAUUUGUAGUUUAAUUCCAUAUAAAGGACUAGAGAAAAGUCACUCUUAUGAAGGUUUAUUGGUAAGCCAAGUAAUGAUCUAGUUGGCUAGUUGGAUCAAUGCAUAGAUCCUCAUGGCCAUUUCCCAGAACCAAACCCACUAUGUGAAAAGACAGUGAGUGUUGCACCUCUGUGUUAUGGUCUGGACAACUUUUAAGAAUCACACCCUCAUUCACCUAUUGAGUUGCCUCAAAACUAUAUACAAACAGUUGUGUUACCCAUCACACCAGAUAGAAAUAACAAGCUAUAAAAUAUAUAAUUAUCAUUACAAAUGCAUUUGCAGGUGAUUUCACAGUUGUACAGCUGGAGUAAAACACAGAUCUGAUAGUUACCCUAGUGCAUUUUGGGGCUAGGUUCCACUUCCUGUCCGAUAGGUUUAUUGACAAUCUGGCUUCCAGUCCCUUUUUUUGUCUUGUAUUUGAUCCAGCCACCUUCAUCUGCAGUAAGUGGUUACAGCUAUGUGAAAAUGUAUCUGAAAAUUAGACAUUAGAAGUUUUUGAUUCUGGUAAAUUUUACAAAAUGCUUUAGAUGCAUCUUCAUCUCUAUCAUUUAGUCUACAAGUUUAAUUAACUCUUUCCCAGAUUUCUGAUGCGUAUGUUCUAAACAGCGGAUUUGUUCACCUUUAUCUGAUAAAAUGUACCUUCUACUGGUGUUACAACAGCUACAGGAACCAACCAACAUUGUAACAACAAAUAGAGAAUUGCCAUCAUUUUGUCAAAGAAAGAUAAUGUUUAAAUUAAACAUCUCUCAUAUCCA